CUCUCAGUUUUACUUCAUUGGUUCAGUUUCAGAGAAAUGGAGAACUUGUCACAAAGCAGCAAAGCUUCUCAGCCUCAUUCCUGGGCUCCAUUGAAGCAAAGGCGGAGUGGUUAUGAGCCGUCAGAUACAGAGGCUGAAUGGCAUGAGAGUCCCUGGCAUGAUCAUAACCAAAAGAACGGAACAUCCAACCUUGUAGAGGCAAAUGAAAUCAAGUCCAAUUUGCCGAGAAACAUUAGCCCUUUGAAGCUCAGCCGAAGACAUUCUUCAAAGGUCGAAUAUGAUGAAGGGUCUCCACCUAGAACUAGUCGCCUUCCAAGGAGACAUAACAGCAAGUCUCCUUACAAGACAAGGAGAGAUGAUGGUAAAAUUAUUAGCCUCUCGUCAAACUCCGAGCAUUUAACGCAUGUCUAUCCUUAUAAACCUGGGAAAAAGGAGCAUAAACUGAAUAAUGAAAUGGGAAGAGUUGAAAGAGAAACAAUCGCGAAACUUCCUGCGGCUGGUAGAGUGAGUGAAAAAUCAAACUAUAGUCGUCGAUCAGUGACUGCCCCACCCAGACAAAGAUUUAGAGAGGACCAACGUAACAUUAAUAUUCUUGGUCAUGGCAAAUUGGAGCAAAGAGGGGAACGGCCACCCUCGCCAAUCUCAAGGAACAUGAUACGCAAACCAAGAGAAGCUUCCCUGGUGAAACAACAAUCAGUCGGUGAAAUCAAUGAAAUGGUAGCCAACACAAAGAUUUCCAGAAGCCCUAUAUAUAAUGAUGCUAUGUUUGAAAGCACAGAGUCCAUUUCACCUGGUGAUAUCUUCUUUUCUCGUGAAGCUGGGGCCCCGGCAAUGCCAAAGAAUGUCUUGCCAAAUAAUAGUGGCUUUGAAAAUCAUUUUCUUCCAAGGCCACCAACGUAUGACCAAGAUGAUUCUGCUUCCCAUCAACAAAUAAGAGCUAAUGGAAAUAUUGAUCAGAAAGCUCGAGGGUCCUCAUCAAGCGCUGGUUUAUCACGAACAACUAUGACUUCUAAUUCAGCUGCUAGCAGACAGAGUAGAGGUAAGGUUAGCACUCAAAUUAGUGCGAUAAGUGAUAGUAGUGGGAGGAGUAGUAGUAUAAACGUAGGAAAGUUCACCACCAGUAGACGAAAGGGAGAGGCCUUGUUUGCUUGUGUGAUGAGGAAAGUACCCUGCAGCACGUCAAAAAAAUCAACAGAAAAACAAGCAUUUGAUGAGGCCUCUUUCAUUGAGAAGGCAUUUGUUGUUGAAAAACUGAGGCAAUUUUGGGCUGAUAAAUAUCAACCAGCUUCUUUGAAUGGAUUCACUUGUCGUAAGCAAGAAGCUCAACUUCUAAAGCAACUUGUAUCCCAUGAGAGUUGUCCUCAUAUAUUGUUCAAAGGACCAUCUGGUUCUGGCAAAAGAGCACUAACAAUGGCUUUCCUGCGUGAAAUAUAUGGCGACCCUGGUGGGAAUGACAUAAGGCCAACGCAAGUUACUGUUCCACUUGCUUGGAGUGCUCAUCAUGUGGAGCUUAAUGUGAACUUGGAAACAAAUGCUAAAUAUGCAUUAAUGGGAUUAGUCAAGGAAAUAAGCACCAAUUAUACCGUUACCCCUGAAGUGAGCACUGCUGAUUUCAAGACUGAUUACAAAGUUAUAGUUCUUUAUGAUGUUGACAAGGCAUCAGAAAGCAUUCAUCACUUGAUAAAAUGGAUUAUGGAUUGUCAUUCAGAUUCUUGUAAAUUCAUACUCUGCUGUGAAGAUGACAUAGAUAUCCUAGAAUCAGUAAAGAAUCGCUGCAAAGUUAUAAAAGUAGAUGCCCCAGUUACUCAUGAAAUCAUGGAGGUACUAAUCCAGAUUGCCAGGAAAGAGGACUUUGAUCUACCUAUGAGUUUUGCUGCUAAGAUUGCUGCCAAAUCAAAGCAAAACCUGAGGAAAGCAAUCAUGGCUCUUGAAGCAUGCAAAGCACACAACUAUCCUUUUGCUGAUGACCAACCAAUUCCACUAGGAUGGGAAGAAGUCUUGAUAGAACUCGCGUCAGAAAUCCUUUCUGAGCCAUCAAAAGAUAGAUUAUUCUUUGUACGGGGAAAGUUUCAAAAGCUUCUUCUGGAUUUUGUACAUCCCAAACUGAUUCUCCAGAAGCUGGUAGAACAGUUUCUUAAGCAAGUUGAAGCUGGUAUAAAAAGGGAACUUUAUUACUGGCAUGCUUAUUAUGACAAGAGGCUCCCAACAGGAACAAGUGCUUUGUUGAAAUUAGAAGAGUUUGUGGUCAAGUUUAUGAGCAUAUAUAGGAAGAGCACCGGUAAUCGUCAGUUGGUGUAAUAUUGGGCGGAACUAUGCUUUUUUCAAGUCAUUUGUUGCACUAGAUACUGAAUUUUUCAGAAUAUGAGUUUCUCUUGCAAAGAUUGCUCAUAAUCCAGCUGCUACUGUUGUAGAAAUAUGUUAUCAGAAGGGGUUGUCCUUCAGAUUGUCAGACAAAAGCAUGUUUGACUCGUAUCAAUGAAUGAAAUGCAGUUCUUGUAUCUACUUCAGCACCCAAUCCCCUACUAUGUGAGAGAGAAAAGCA